AUGGCAGCAGAAUUAUUUGCAUGCUAUGAGGCAUCGAACCAUGGGAUAUGGAUGCGAAAUUUUAUCACGGGACUACGUGUAGUGGAUUCUAUUCAAAGACCACUUAAGUUAUAUUGUGACAACGACUCCGCUGUAAAAUUUUCUAACAACAAUAAGAGUUCGAGGAAGUCAAAGUUUGUGGCUCUCAAAUUCUUGGAUGUAAAAGAAAGGGUUCAGCAUAAAGAAUUGUCAGUUAAACAUAUCAGUACAAACUCUAUGAUUGCGGAUCCUCUUACCAAAGCAUUACCAUCCAAGCGGUUUCUUGAGCAUGUGGCUCAUAUGAGUGUUGUUUCAUCUAUUAUGGUUGAGCUCAAAUUUGGUUUUAUAAUGAUACAAGUUUAUACAAUUUUUACACAUAGCCUAAGAGGGAGAUUGUUGGACCAAAGUCCAACGUUGGGCUUAUAUGAUGGAACAGAAGUGCUGUUUAAGUCGACAUUGCAAAAGUAUGUAUGUGCUGAAAAUGGUGGUGGCUCUAAUGUCUCAGUUAGUAGGGAUAUACCUUCUUCCUGGGAAACCUUUCGGUUAUGGAGAGUGUCGGAGACAGAAUUUCAAUUACGCUCCAUACAAAGGAAGUUUUGGACAUGUGAAGGCCAAGGAAACUCUGUAUUUGCGACUAAAGAAUCACUGGCAGGUACCAAGGAAACAUUUUACAUAGAAAAACAAGUCAAUAGCAGCAGAGUUCACAUCAAACUUCAAAACGGCGCCUAUCUACAGGCUCUGACUGAAAGCCCGCUUACAGCAGAUUAUCAAAAAACCCCAGGAUGGGAUGAUAAUGCAGCCACCUUCGAGAUGACUAUAGUUUCGAAUAAUCUUCACGGUGACUUCCAGCUAGCAAACGGUUAUGGACGUGUCGAGGCCAAACAAAUUCUGGAGGAACAUCGAAACAAGUUUAUCACCAUAGAUGACUUUUAUUUCCUGAGUAGACACGGAAUAAAUACUGUGAGGAUUCCCGUUGGAUGGUGGAUUGCUUUUGAUCCUGAUCUUCCAACUCCUUUCAUCGGAGGAUCAUUAACAGCAUUAGAUCGAGCAUUUUCCUGGGCUCAAACAUAUGGAAUAAAGUGCAUAAUUGACCUUCAUGCUGCCCCUGGCUCACAAAAUGGAAUGGAACAUAGUGCUAGCAGAGAUGGUUCAGUUGAUUGGCCAACAUCACAAGAUAAUAUUGAUAGAACUUUGCAUGUUAUUGACUUUUUGGCCUCUAGGUACGCAAAGAACCCUGCACUAUUAGGAAUUGAGCUCUUGAAUGAACCAUCGGCCGCAAGAGUACCUUUGGACACUUUGGUUUCGUAUUACCAACAAGGCUACCAGACUGUAAGGAAGUAUUCGUCUACAGCUUAUGUUAUAGUCUGUCAGCGAAUAGGCAAUGCAGAUCCGCUUGAACUUUAUCGGGCAAACAUAGGUUCUACAAAGGUCAUUGUAGACCUUCAUUACUACAACCUUUUUGAUACGGUCUUUAUUAACAUGAACUCAACCCAAAAUAUUGACACUAUAUAUAAGAGUAGAGAAGCUCAACUGCAGCAGCUGAACAAUGCGAGUGGCCCGCUUAUUUUCAUUGGAGAAUGGGUGAACGAGUGGAAUGUAACAAGCGGAUCGAAAGAAGACUACCAGAAUUUCGGAAGGGCGGUAGAUGUUUAUAAUGUUGCUUCAUUUGGUUGGUGUUACUGGACAUUGAAAAAUGACGGGAAACACUGGGAUUUUGAAUGGAAUAUCAAAAACAACUACCUUGAACUCGUUAUGCAUAUAAUUUUACAGGUAGUUCAUCAAGAUCACAAGUUUCACAUCCAGCAGUGUUCCUAUUGAUUUGUAGCUACUUGUUCUUGUGAAUCACAUAUAUUUUGUAACAGAAAGCAUCUGCUUUGCUUUGAUAUCAAAACAUAGGAAGAUCAGAGAAACUCGAAAGUGGCGAUUACGAUAGAAGCAAUGUAACAUAUUACAGAAAGCAUUUACUUUGUACUUUGUAGCUACUCCUACUUAGCUUGUUAUUGAUCCUGAUUCUUUGACUUAACUGUA